AUGACCAAAAGGCACAUCUAUGACUUGGGGACACUCUCGCUGCCAAAUGCCAACAUCUACCUCAAGCCACUGAGGCAUAAAGGCACCGGCCCGCGCGGGAGAGCCCCAGGCCGGCCAGAGGACGCGGCCCACGCCAGGCGGCGCUGCGCGCAUCUGGAAGCCACAGGCAGGGCGCCCGGGGGAGCCAGCGGCGGCACACGCACAUCCCUGGCGCCCGGCCAGCGCGGAGUUAGCCCCGCCUGCCUGCAUGUGGCUAGCGCUCCUCCGCGCCACAGAGCAGCAUCCCCGGCCAACUGCUCGCCCCUGUCCCUUCCCCGCCUGAGCCUCCUCCCCAGCGCCACCCACCUCCUCAGCGCCCUCCCUGUCUCCUCCUCCGCCUCGUCUCCCUGCACGCCGCUCCUGGAGCCCAGCGUCACUCCGGCUGCAGCCGCAGACAUGGCGACGCUGACAGCGGUCCAGCCGCUCACACUGGACAGAGAUGUUGCAAGAGCAAUUGAAUUAUUGGAGAAACUACAAGAGUCCGGAGAAGUACCAGUACACAAGCUGCAAUCCCUAAAGAAAGUACUGCAGAGUGAGUUUUGUACAGCUAUCAGAGAGGUAUAUCAAUAUAUGCAUGAAACCAUAACUGUUAAUGGCUGCCCAGAAUUCCGUGCCAGGGCCACUGCAAAGGCAACAGUUGCUGCUUUUGCAGCAAGUGAAGGCCAUUCACACCCUCGAGUGGUGGAGCUGCCAAAGACUGAUGAAGGUCUUGGCUUUAACGUGAUGGGAGGAAAGGAACAAAACUCUCCUAUAUAUAUUUCUCGUAUCAUUCCUGGAGGGGUGGCAGAAAGACAUGGAGGACUCAAGCGAGGAGACCAGCUGCUUUCUGUUAACGGAGUGAGUGUGGAAGGAGAGCACCAUGAAAAAGCCGUGGAGCUCCUGAAGGCUGCUAAAGAUAGUGUCAAGUUGGUCGUGCGCUACACUCCCAAAGUGCUGGAAGAGAUGGAGGCUCGUUUUGAAAAACUGAGGACAGCACGACGCCGGCAACAGCAGCAACUACUAAUUCAGCAGCAGCAACAGCAGCAGAAUACACAGCAAAAUCAUAUGUCGUAGGUUAUUCUCAAGAAUAAAAUCUAGAUCAAGAAUUCAGUAACCAAGCAAUUGGAGCUGUGCUUCAGUAUUCCAACCUACAGUUACAAGAAAACAGAGAGAACACAAUAACUGAAUUUAUCAAGAAGUUAUGAAUAAGUGGUGUAAGAAUAAAUUAGUAAGAACCACAACACACCUGGUACCUUCUUUAUCAGGCUUUUCAGUACAGUGCAGUCUCAGAUACAAGAUUUCUAUGACUUUAUUCCUAAUGAGCAGUAUGGUAAGUAAACACUAUGAAAUGUAGAGAAGUUUGGGGAUUCUGAAUAAAUCUUUGUAAGGUCCAAUCUUGCACUCCUUAUUCUAACAAAACUCUGGCCUAUUGGUUCACUGAGGUCAGUGAGGAUUUUAUCUAAGGAGGCCAAGAUCGGCUGCUAGUGAGGGUGAAGUCUUUCUCUGCAGUUAUUUCCAGAAAUGAACAACUUGUAGUCCAUCAACCAAACUGCAUCUGUUCAAAAUUUUGCCACAAACAUAAAACAAACUCUCACAUCACAUUCCAUAACCUCUUUUUACUAUAUAUUGUAGAGUUGUUUUAAUCUGACUUCCAGUUUAUAAUAAUUUUCAAUUUUUUCCCUGAAAAUAGCAAGUUACUAUAUUUAUAAGUAUUCAGUUGUAAAAGCAAUUGGCUUUUUACUCUUGAUGUUUCCAUAUAUUUUAUUAUGCAUCAAUAGAGUGAGGCAGUUUUAGAUCUACUUUAAUUUUAUUAGUAGUAAGGCUAGAGAAUCCUAGAACGUAUUUUUAAAUAUAGGUAUUGCUUGUAUCCACUAUAGCUAUUAUUCUGAAAUCUAUAACUUAAUAUACUGUAUAUUUAUUCCAUAAAAUAUAUAUUGUCAGAAUGUACUUGUUACAGAAAUAGGAUCUUUGCUUACCAUGAAUUACAAAUGUAGUAAGAUAACGUUAGCAAAAGACCAAGCUUUGUUUGGCACGUAUUCAUGUGAUAAAUAGAACCCAGCUAUCUUAGCUUUUCUGUAUUUUUAAAUUUAUUUUGUAUUUCAUUGCUAAUAUAUUUAGGAGGAGAAGUGUAAAUUGUUCCUGGCAUAUUUUCUUGUAACUCAGUUUGAUCUUAAAGUUUAGAACUUUAUCAAGUCAAAUUGGAAUGUAAAAGCAAAAUAUAUAAGAACCUUUUUAAGUUUACAUUUACUUUUCCAAAGACUAAUGAACAGUCACAGCCAAAGCUGGAAGGCUAAAAAUAUCAUCUACC